AUAUAGAAAGCGUUAACGCGCAAUGAUUACUACUAAUAUACUUUUUAAAACAUGUUGACAUUUAUUUCUAAGUAAAACGUUAUUGUGUAAAUUUCGAGAUCAAGAUAGAUCUAUAAACGAUUAAACAAUGGGUAUUAAACAAUUCCUUGCUAGUAACUGGCGUUUUGUCAAUUCAAAUUCAUUUAUAAAUAGGUGUACAAACUCAUUUGUUAUUGGAUCAAAUGCUGGAUAUGCUCAGAAAUCAAGAGAAGGAAAAUUAGGAUUACCACUCAAACCUAAAAAACCUAAUCCACCCUUUUUUAAAUUUUUACAAGAAAAACGAAUAAAUAUGAUGUCAAAUGAUAACAUGAAGUUAAAAGAUGUUGCUCAAGAAGCAAGUAAACUAUGGAAAGAUGUUGAUGUAGACUCUAAAAACGAAAUGAAUGAAAUUUAUCGUAAAGAACUUGAACAGUAUAAACAAGACAUUGAGUCUUAUAAGAAAAACCUUACUAAAGAACAAAAGGAUGAAAUAAUGAGAGCUCAAUAUGAUGAAAUAGAAUCGAAAAUGAAACGCAAAAUGAAAAAAGAAUUGAAAGAAUUGGGUAAACCACGAAAACCUCUUACAGCAUAUUUAUUAUAUUUAGUUGAACGUAAUGAGGAACGUGGAAAUUUAUCUAUUCAAGAUUUCAUGAAAAAAGUAGGUAAAGAAUGGCGAGAAAUGAAUAACGAUAGUAAACAAAAAUAUGUAACAGCUGCUUCUGUUGAAAAUGAAAAAUAUUUAACUGCAAUUAAUCAAUGGGAAAAAUCAAUGAUAAAUAUUGGACGGUCAGAUUUAGUAAGAAUUAGUGUCAAGUCAAUUGAAAAUUAAAAGACUACAAGUAAUAAGACUGAAUGAUAUUUACAUAGAAUUUAAUGUUUCUUUGUGUGUUAUUGGAUAAAUUUAGUUAUUCAUAAGUUUAUUCCUUAAUUUUGAAAGUAUAACUUUUAUUUCUUUUGUUGAUAAACUAUUGUAAUUUUGCAUGGCUUUAAAAUAAAAAAUAUUAUAUUACUUAUUG